ACUCCAUGCACAAUUACAACAGUUCACCACUUUAGCUAUAGGCCACACCCUUCUACUCUGCCUCCUUGUCUUGGUAGGUGAUUGAUAAGAGCCUUAGCAACCACCAUUGGGAGCAGAUCAGUGGAUACUCACAAAAGGUGUUCACAGCGACUGGGCUCAAUAUCAAGACCAACACGAGGGUGGAACAUCUCCCAGAGUCAGAGAAGAAGAAACAAAAGAGUGUUAGUCCAUUGUAAGACUUUCUGGGGGCCGCACAAAAUCAUGCAUCUAACUUGCCAGCAGUUGAGGCCACACCCAUUGACCACACCCCCUCCACGGAGGAGGCCCGACAGAGUACUGGGCCGAGACUGACAUUGAAGCAAUACUUCACUGAGCCUAACAACAAGGAAGAGCCUGAUUGUAUUAGCAGAGCUCCUGAAGUGACCACUAGAACAUAGAAACUGAAAGCAACUGUUUGUUUGGCUAAGGACUUUCCACUGGACCUCCAGGAUCAAGUCAUGCCCAUCAUAGACCUCAUGCCUCCAUGGCUAUGAACACUCCCCACUUUGCCAAGGUGAAAGACUUCAUCAACCUCCAAAUGCCCUCAGGCUUCCCUGUCAGAUUUGAGAUUCCUUUGAUGUCUGCCAAGGUGACCUUUGGUAAUGUCAAUAGUCACAGUGAGCCUGUCCCUCACGUGUCACUACGUACUGAGGAGAGGAGGGAAGAUCCCGUACCUGUGUACACGCCCACUGGUCCCAUAUCCUUGGCAACGACGGAAGGUGGCCUGGUCAAGCAGCGACAUGAACGUGCUGCUGGUGGUAGUAGUGUAGACCCUGAGGACACAACACCAGCUGACUCAGCUGUAGACAUGGGAAGCUCCACUGUACAGACCCAGGAGGUGUGCACCAUCUCUGAGGAGUGUUUCCAAGUCCCGCCCACCUACCGACGACUCAACACGGGCUCCUACUCCAUGGCUAACGAAGAGGAGGAGCUGUUACAGCUGGCCAUACGACAGAGCCUCCUGGAGCAGGGGGAAGGGGACCCGGAGGAACAGCUGAGCUUGAGGGAGGCACUAGGGGACUAGACACUCAUGGGGUCUGGACAUGGGGGUGUGGUCAGUAGGCGUGGUCUAAAUGCUGCCGAUGAAGAGUUGGAGUUUGCCCUAGCGCUGAGUCGGCAUUUGGAAGAGGAGGAAGCCAGGAAACGACGACACGAAGAAGAGGAUUCGAGAGACGAGGAAUUGCAGAGAAUACUCAAGUUAUCUCUGGAGGAGAAAUAACUGAAUUUUUAAACUUUAAAUUAGCGAGAAAUAUAUUAGUUUUAUCGUGUUGUAU